GGGACAGGACAUCAGCUAGCCGGAAGCCGAUGUUUUCUGGACUGACGGAGGGGAAGUAGGAGGAGGGAUGCCUGACCUCCGACCAGCCCAGCUGCUGUCGGGCCUGUGCCACACGGACCCGGACGACCCCUUCCCUCUGUGGACGCACGGACACGUCAGCUCCUGCUUCAACCAGCUGGUCCUCGGGGCGCUGUCUCACGCUGGGAUGGCCGUGUUCAGCGCCUGCUACCUCGGCGUGGUCAGAUGCAGCCCCCUGCAGACGCCUCCUCCCUGUGGCUGGACCCUCCGGCUGCUGUCGGCUCUGCUGGCUGCGCUGCUCUUCACUGCAGACCUGGUCCUGGUGGGCGUCCUGCAGCAGGAGGACAUGUACCUGGACCUUCUGACGGACAGCUGUGCCAUCCUGGCCUGGCUGGUCCACCUCGGUGCCAUAGCAGCGCUCCAGAGAACCGUCUCCAGGAGAACCAGAGGACCCCUGCUGCUGCUUCUGCUCGUUCUCCUGUCCAUCCCCAACCUUGUCUUCACCCUGAUUAUUUACUGUGAAAGUGACGGAUACUUGAACCUCUCAGAACCUCUCAGACUGGCCCGAUUUGUCCUCGCCGCCGCCCGGACACUCCCUCUCCUGAUGUACCUCCUGGCGUUUGCGUUCCCGUGCAUCAGUGACGCCGGCUACACCUUGUCCACCAACGCUGUGGACGGGUCCCUGCUCCUCCCGGAGAGCGCCCACGCAGACACAGGGGAGAUGGUGGCGGAGGACGGGAGCGGCUGCACCUCUCGACUCUUCUACCUGUGGUUGACUCCGCUGCUCAGGCGAGGGCAGCGAGGAGAGCUGGAGAGACCAGACGAUGUUUAUCAUCUUCCUCGGAAACUUCGGACUAGUGUGGUCUGUCGAUACUUCCAUCAGUGCUGGGAGGCCUGCAGACGAGGGGCCGGGGGCGGAGCCGGAGCCGAUCGGGAUCAGUGGCCCCGGCCGGUGAGCAGGAGCCUCCUGAACGGCACCUGGAGCUCACACCACCUGGAGGAGCCGCUGGAGCUGGAGGGGGAGGUGGGCCUGCUGAGGGUCCUGCACAAGGCGUUUGGGUGGAGGUACUACAUGCUGGGUGGGCUGAAGGUGGUGGUCAACAUGCUGGGCUUCACCGGCCCCCUGCUCCUCAGCAGUCUGGUGAGCUUCAUGGAGGAGGACGACGCCCCGGUGAGCAGAGGAGCCUUGUGCGCGCUCGGGCUCUUUGCCACCACGCUGCUUUCGUCCAUCCUCCGAAACAUCUUCGCCUUCGAGGUUUCCAAGGUGGCGCUGUCGGCCCGCGCCGCUCUGGUGUCGGCCAUCUACGGCAAAGCCCUGCGGGUCAGUGGCAGCAGCCUGGCCAGGAUCAGCAUGGGAGAGGUGGUGAACUUGAUGAGCACCGACACCGACCGGGUGGUCAACUUCUUCAACAGCUUCCACGAGCUGUGGAGUCUGCCCUUCAGCUUCAGCAUCGCCCUCUACCUGCUGUACCUGCAGGUGGGCGUGGCCUUCCUCGGCGGGCUGGGCGUGGCGCUGCUGCUGCUGCCGCUCAAUAAGUUCAUCGCUUCACGAAUCAUCAGCAACAACAAACACAUGCUCGGGUUCAAGGACAGCCGCGUCAAACUCAUGACAGAAAUCCUCUUUGGCAUCCGUGUCAUUAAGUUCUACACCUGGGAGCCUCACUUUAUUCAGAAGGUGGCCGACUGUCGUAAACAAGAGCUGUCCCACCUCAAGGUCAUCAAGUACCUGGACGCCAUGUGCGUGUACACGUGGGCCGCGCUGCCGGUGGUCAUCUCCAUCCUGACCUUCGUGACCUACGUGAUGCUGGGACAUCAGCUGACUGCAGCCAAGGUGUUCACCACGCUGGCUCUGGUGGGAAUGUUGAUCAUCCCACUCAACUCCUUCCCCUGGGUCCUCAGCAGCGUCCUGGAGUCCAAGGUUUCUCUGGAACGAAUCCAGCGCUUCUUCAAACUGACCAACCAGGAUCUGCAGGCGUACUAUGCUCUGGUCUCUCCGGAGGACGACCAGACGUCGGUUCUGUUGAGCCAGGGGACGUUUUCCUGGCAGGGGCCUGGUGGUCCGGACCAGAGCAGAGAGGCAGGAAGUGAACCUGGAGCCGCUGAAGGGAGUUUGAUGCUGCACAGCCUCAACCUGCACGUCACCAAGGGCUCCCUGGUGGUCGUGGUUGGUAAAGUCGGCUGUGGAAAGAGUUCCUUACUGGCUGCGCUCACUGGAGAACUCAACAGGACGAGCGGCGUGGUUUACGUUGCGGACAGAGACGCCGGCUUCGGGCUGGCGUCUCAGGAGGCGUGGCUCCAGCACGCAUCAGUACGAGACAACAUCCUGUUCGGCAAAGACUACGAUCCCGCCUUCUACCAGGCCGUGGUCGACGCCUGUGCUCUCGCAGAUGACCUCAACGUUUUGCCGAAUGGCGACCGGACAGAAGUGGGUGAGAACGGCGUGACGCUGAGCGGAGGACAGAAGGCUCGGCUGGCGCUCGCCAGAGCUGCGUACAUGGACAAAGACAUCUACCUCCUGGACGAUCCGCUGGCGGCCGUGGACGCGGACGUGGCCGAACACCUGAUGCAGAAAUGCAUCCUGGAGCUUCUCCGGGGAAAGACCAGAAUCCUUUGCACCCAUCGUAUAGAGUUUGUGGACAAAGCUGACAUGGUGGUCCUCAUGGAGAAUGGAACAAUAAUCAAAACAGGUUCUCCAGCAGAAAUCCUCCCGUUGGUCGAGGCUGUGCCGAAAAACCGGAAGAACGACCAGAACGCGAGAGAGAGAGGUGCAGCGAAGCAGGAGGAGGAGGAGGAGCCGGGGGCGUCGCCCGAUCUGUUGGUGGAUGAUGACCCCGAGCAGAUGGGGGCGGAGCAGAAGCAGGCGGGCGGGCUGGCGUGGACCGUCUACCAGACCUACUGGGCAGCUGUGGGCGGAGUGCUGGCCUCCUCCGUCCUGAUGGCGCUGCUCCUCAUGCAAGCCUCUAAGAACGUCUCUGAUUGGUGGCUCUCUCACUGGAUCUCCGAGCUGAGGAACAACGGUUCCACUCCAGUUUCCUUCCUCUCCUCUCAGCUGCUGCUCUUCUCACCCGCACAACUCAUGUCUCCGCUGUCGGCGGUUCAAACCUUCUCGUCCAGCAACCUGAGCUCCGACGUCCGCUUCUAUCUGACCGUGUACGCCUCCAUCGCCGCGGGCAACACCGUCUUCACUGCCCUCCGAUCCGUCCUCUUCGCCUACGGAGGGAUCUGCGCCGCCACAGCCGUCCACAACCGACUCCUGGAUCGGGUCCUGAAGGCCACGCUGACGUUCUUCGACACCACCCCUCUGGGACGGGUCCUGAACCGGUUCUCCUCGGACCUGUACAGCGUGGACGACAGCCUGCCCUUCAUCCUGAACAUCCUGCUCGCCAACCUGUUCGGCCUGCUGGGCAUGCUGGUGGUGAUGAGCUACGGCCUCCCCUGGGUCCUCGUGCCCCUGCUGCCCCUGGCUCUGCUCUACCACCGCACGCAGCACUUCUACCGCCACACGUCCCGGGAGCUGAGGCGCCUGUACAGCCUCACGCUGUCGCCCGUCUACUCGCACUUCUCUGAGACGCUGACUGGGCUCGGAACCAUCCGGGCCAGCGGCAGCUCGGCCAGGUUCGAGGAGGAAAGUGCUAAACGUCUGGAGCAGAACCAACGCUGCCUCUUCCUCAGCAACGCCGCCAUGCAGUGGCUGGACAUCCGCCUGCAGCUGAUCGGAGUGGCGGUGGUCACGGGCCUCGGGGGGAUCGCCGUCGUCCAGCACCAGUUUCACGCCGUCGAUCCAGGUCUGGUGGGUCUGUCCCUGUCCUACGCUCUGUCCAUCACGUCCCUGCUGUCCGGCCUCAUCUUCAGCUUCACGCAGACUGAGAUGCAGCUGGUGAGCGUGGAGCGGACGGAGGAGUACUCCACCGGCCUGCCCACCGAGCCGCAGCACCAGGACGCACAGCUGUCCCCUUCGUGGCCCGAGCAGGGCGGGCUGGAGUACCGCGGCGCGGUCCUGUCGUACAGGGAGGGGCUCCCGAACGCCCUGGACGGGCUGAGCCUGGUGGUGCGGCCCGGGGAGAAGCUGGGCAUCGUGGGACGCACGGGCUCCGGCAAGUCCACGCUGUUCCUGGCCCUGUUCCGUAUGGUGGAGCUGGACCGGGGUCAGAUCCUCCUGGACGGGCUGGACAUCAGCACGCUGGGCCUGGGUCAGCUCAGGUCCAGGUUGGCCAUUAUCCCUCAGGACCCCUUCCUGUUCAGCGGGACCAUCAGGGAGAAUCUGGACCCGUGUGGACGCCACUCAGACCAGCAGCUGCUGGACGUCCUGGACCAGUGUCACCUCAGCCCUGUGGUGGAGCGGAUGGGUGGUCUGGAUGCUGAGGUUGGAGAGAGAGGGAAAAGCUUCUCCGUGGGCCAGAGGCAGCUCCUGUGUCUGUGCAGAGCUCUGCUGACUCAGGCCAAGCUGCUGUGCAUCGAUGAAGCCACAGCCAGCGUGGACCAGAGGACGGACAAGCUGCUGCAGCAAACCAUCCGGGACAAGUUCCAGGACAAAACCGUCCUCACCAUCGCCCACAGGAUCAACACCAUCCUGGACUGUGACCGCGUGCUGGUGAUGCAUGCUGGGAAGGUGGUGGAGUUCGACACGCCGGCCGCUCUCUGCCGAAGGGACGACUCCAUCUUUCAGCGGCUGGUCGCUGGGAGGUGAGGCCGAGACAACGCAAAGACCCGGAAGGAGGAGAUCUCUCUGAAGUCGUCCAACUUUUCUAUCACAGACUUUAAACACUUUUAUUUUUUCACCCUGGAACGGACGGUACUUCUUUUAUAUGGACAUUUAUUUCUUUUUUAAAUGGACAUUUAUUUCUUUUUUUAAAUGGACAUUUAUUUCUUUUUUAAAUGGAUUAUUUAAUUUAAUAUUAAAUCUGUGUUUUGUUGUUCAGUAAAAAUCUACUUUAUUCUCUCUCCAGUUGCAAAGCUGCGUUCACACAACUUGAGGCCGACCUGGACUUUAUUAGGGAUUGUACAAAUUCAGAUAUUAUACAUUUGUCGAUAUAUAUCGUUAAAUCGGUCGGGCUCCAUAUCUCCAAUACAAUAAUUUAUUUAAAGUUAUAAAAACUGACGCAUCUGAAACUUCGAUCUCCUUUGAUGUUCUUUGUUGACUCGGAUGUUUUUGCUCGGCUGCUUUGUUUCCUCCGGUGGUUUUUCGGUGGAGGAUAAAGUAGCUGAGUGGUUGUGUUCACUUCUGAAUGUUUUGGAUAUAACUUGAACUAUAAGAAGCAGAUUUCCUGUUGGGCGGGGGGGGAGUCGACACUGGUCGGAGGGAAUGUUACUUCCUGUCUUGUUACGUUUGAAAGUCUCAGGACUUGUCGCUGCUGUGUAACAGAGAGUUUAUGGUCAGAAGAUGCAUGAGAAGCUGCUGCAGGUUUCGUGGCCUGAAGGAGUCUGACACUAAUUUAAAUGAAACGUCAGUAAUAUCACAGUGGCAGUUAAAGAUUAAUUUAAAAGGUUAAUUUAACCUAGGUGCAGUUAUCUGACUGUAGAUCAGUUGCCUCAGCUCUGCUCUACAAGCGACUCUUUGAAAUAAUAACAGACUCUAUAAGUUCCUCAGGGAAGCUGUCUCUGUGACUCUUGUGUUUUAUCUUCAGAGACUAAAGUGUGACCUGAUAUCUGGAGCUACGCUGAUGAUGCACUGUUCUACGUUUAUGUGGAAACAAAUGAGGCAAUGAAGCUGCUCUGUCUCUUUAUGUCAAUAAAUGGGUAAUUUUGAAAGAAGUUAAUUAUCUUCUAAUUUACUUUUUCCAUUAGGAGCAAAGGAAGCGUUUGUGGCUCUGUAGCUGAAAACGAUGAGCAUGAAAAUUGUAUAACUUUAUUUUAAGUUAUAAAUCUCAUUUAAACAAUGUGAUUAAACAAGCCGUUUUUCCCAGUUUCAUUCAAUUCGCGGCUUAACUUUGGAAAAUUUGACCAAA